AUGGCCGAGCCGAGGAGCCGGGCCGCCCUGCCAGCGGGACCGGAGCUCAGCGCGCGCGCCCCGGCCCCCCACCCCGCGCGCCCCGGCCCGCGCCCGCCCCGGCGCCCCGCGCCCCCCCGCCGGCCCCGCCCUCACCGCUCCGGGACCCGCGAGCAGCGGCGCCGGCGGCUCGGGAGGACGUUCUGCGCCCGCCGCGCACCGCGCAGGCGCCCCGCCGCGACCCCGCCCGGGUCCCCCUCCGACGUCGUCGUCAUGGAAACCCCGAGCCUGCGCGGGCGGCUGUUUAAAGGGCCAGAGCGGCUCCCGGCCUCCGGCGCGCCCAGCCCGGGCCCCGCCCGCAGGGUGCAAUCAGGAGGGCUGCCCGGAGGCGGCGGCGCCGCCAGCCGGAGCCAAGCGGAGGACGAGGACGCGAGUGCGCGCCGGCGCUCCCGGGCCCUGCACCGGGGAAAUCGGGGCCUGGAGCGGCGCAGGCCCGUGCCCCCGAGGGGUCCGGCCUCCCGGCCCCCGGCCCCCGGCCUGGCCUUUAGGGUCCCUCCCGGCUGGCCCUCCCGCCGGCCGCCCCCCGCCCGCCACACGCCCCCCUGCAGCCUGGAAGUCCGACCGCGCCUCCCCGGCUGUGUGACCUCGGAGGGGCCGCUUGCCCGCUCUGUGCGCAGAGUCGUCGGACACAAAGUGCCCCCGCAGGCGCCCGAUACCUGCGGGACUUGGUCCCCACUGGGGUCCCCACGUGCGGAGGAAUCGGCGUCCCCCUGGGAGGGACGUUCCCCUGCGGGGCCGGGGCCCAGCCGCCAACGAGGCGAGACCCCAAGCUCCGGCGCCCCGGGUCGCUCCGGACACGCGGGUCCCGCCGCCAGCAGCCCACGGAGCGACCCGCACCCGGCCUCACCCCAACCCCCUCCCCCGGCCGACACCCUGCGCGGGGACGCUGCCGUCGCCCCGUGGCGCCCCUUCUCCUCCCGCAGGCCCCGGGGGACGCGGUUUCCUGCCCCGAGGGCCGGGAAGGCGGGGGCGCGGGGAGGCCACACGUCCCCGGGUGCUUGGGCCCCCCACCCGCGGCCGCGCCCCCCACGCUCCCUCCGAGGGCCCCCCGGGCUGCCCCGCGCGCACGCUAUCGGCGCCUCAGGCCCCUCCCGGCCCCCCACCCCGGCUUUUCCCGCGCCUCCCGGUUCCCUCCAGCAGCGCGGCCCGGGGUUCCUCCCGCCCACUCGGAGCGCCCUUCUGCAGCCUCCUGGCCCGCCCGGCCCUGCGCCCCCUUCCCUGGGGUCCCCGGUGGGCCCUGCACCAAGCUUCGCCCCGGUCUUCAGCCCCCGACAUGACUUCCCUGCUGCCCCCCAGGCCCUGCGGCCCUCGCACGCCACCCCUGCCCCCUGUGCCCCCGGGGGCUGCACCCGCCGCCUCCUGCCCUGUACACCCGCCUUGUGCCCUUGGAAUCCAGCUGUGGGCACCGCGGGCUCCGCAGCCUCACCAGUGGGUCCCGCCCAGGCCCGUCCCCCAACCCUGGACUCUUUUCCUCCAGCUGCCCCCCAGGACAUCUCCACGCCGAGGAAAAGAGACUUCACAGAGUCCCCAUGUCCAAAAGCAGCCCCCCCGCGUUCCAGCUUCCUACAAAUAGCAGAGCAGCUUUCCCGGCCCCACCCGGCGAGCAGGGCGGCUCCACCCUUGUGCUCGGACAGAGUCCCGCAGCCGCCCUCCAGAGCGCCGCCUGGGUGUCCCCUCUGGUCACUGCUCCCGGCUGUCCCUUCCCUGGACUCAGGGCACUUCCUCGCUGACUCCCUGCUUCCCACCCCCCCGGGGGCACAGGGAUGCUGUAAAGCGUCUUCAGACUCUGUGCUCUCUGCUGCGACCUGCCUGGGCGCCCAUGUCACCCAAAGUGACAAAGUGACCAUGGCUGGGAGACCACUGGGAUCAGCCACCCUGGCCCCGGCUCCUGGACCCCCCGACACCCCUGCCCCAGGGCCUUUGAAGGAGCGGGGCCCUGCCUGGGACACCGUGUCUGCCAAAAUCCUCCGGGCCCCCACCCCGCAAGCUCAGGGCGUUGCUCAAACCCCUCCUGCUCGUGAGGCCCCCUGACCCCCACGCUCUGUGAGCUGGCUGGAGGCAUGUGUGGUCCCUGGGGGAAGUUCAGCUGUGUGCCCACAACUCGAGCAUGGCUCUGUGUGUAGCGAGUACCUCGGUGGUUUUUUGUUUUUGUUAUCAGCCCACAAUCUUUUUUCUGUGACUUGAAUGGGGUUUGGAGAAGUUCAGCUUGGGGUCCCGUUUCUCCUGAAGAGCAGUCCCCUUCAGCCCUGGGUUGAGCUGAGAGAGGGGGAGAAGCCGAAUAACAUCCCGUUGGAUGGAGAAGACAUGUUUUACCACACGCCAGCUGAUGGGCCUGGGCAGAAUUGCUGGAUGGUUCAUCCCUUAACUGGAUCACUUGUCUCUUAUCUUCGCAUUGUAACCGUUCCUCAAGUCCAAUUUACCGAAGUAGUUCUGUCUUCAGGAUUCUUGUGUCUUAUUAAAAGAAAUCUUUGCCUAACCCAAAGCCAUUAGGAUUUGAUGCUGUGCAUUCUCCUGUAUGUUUUAAAGUUUCGUUCCUACAUUGAGAUCUCUGAUCCACUUUUAAUUAAUUUUUGUACCAAGGACCGGUUGAGGCUUAUUUUUGGACAUGGCUACUGGAUGUCUUCUACAACGAUUCUUAGAAAGAUGUGCUUAUCCCUCCUUGAAUUUCCUGUGAGCCUUUGUUGAAGAUCGAUGGCCAUAUAGGCGCGGGGCCCGUUCCUGCCCCACUGUCCACAGCCGCCCACCUCAGGCCAGCACGACCCUGCCCGACGGUGACGGCUUCAGAACACCUGGAGGAGACGCCGAAGUCCUCCCACCCUGUUCUUCCUCAGAAUUGCUUUGGCUGUUCUAGAGCCUUUGUACUUCCAUAUACAUUUUAGAAUCAGCUUGGCAAUUUCUGCAAAUUCUGUUUGCACAUUUGGAUUGGGAUAGCAUAGAAUCAGAAAAUCAAAAUGUUGAGUCUUCCAAUCCAUGAACCUAACAAAUCUCUGCAUUUAUUUAGGUUUUCCUUAAUUUCCCUCACAAUGCUUUCUAGUUUUCAAUGUUAGCACUGGCAUAUGUUUUGUCAACCUUACCCCUAAGUAUUUUAUAUGUUGGUGCCACUG